CCAUGCAUAUGUCCAUUGGUCAUGUACAUCACACUUCCUACAGUACAACUCCUUUGAGAAGCUAAGGCUCUUUGGUUGUCAGGGGAGGGAGAAACCAUAGGAGGCUUGAGUGUGUGACAUCGCCUACACAUAGUCUAUUUCUCUUCUCAGUGGAAGUCAGUGGUUUACAUAAACCCCAAUACCCAUUGAGCCCAGUGGCACAGUGAGCGGCUGCUAUAGCUGAAUGCAUUAGGUGAAACACCUUCAAUUCAGGAGGCUUGCCAGACGAUGCAUUGAUUAUGUAAGACCUGCAUAUUGAGGUAGUGCUCAGGAGCCUUGAAGCUCUUGUUUAGAUUAUGUUUUGGUGAAUGUAAAGGAAAAGUGGGUUGACUUGGAUCUAAUUACCACCUGUAUUUGGAACUAAGAAAGUGAACACAUAUGUACGUGAUCAUCUUUGAUCAAUCAAGUAAGUACAUUCAUAGGACAGAAAUGCUUGAGCCUACUGACAUUUUUAGAUAAUUUGCAACUCUUCUCUGAAUGGAACCCUCUGAUCUCAUAGAAUUCUGGUUUCCCGGGGAACAAGGAAACAAAGUAUUUGAAGCAUGCAACAUUUUAGUACUUCAAGAGCUCAUAACAGAACUGUACACAACGGGGAAAAUUCAAUGGACUUUGUUGUGAAGAAGAUUGAAGGUACAUUUACAGCUAAGUAAUUAAUCUGAUAGUUGAGUGGGAUCUUUUGUAUGUGCAAACAUUUAUUUGUACAGUGAACAAUCUGAGCUCAUGUUGGCUUAUUUGGCCCUGAAUACACAUGCACCAUGCUCUCAAUUGCAGCAAUACUCUCCCACCUCUCAAUAUACAUUUUUUUAUUAUUUUGUUCUCUGUUCUGAUGUAGCUUUGCUUAUUUAAAUGUGUUACACUUCAAAUUAUAUUUUUUGCUUUUUAUCAUGGCCACUGAGUGUUUCAGUAAUAUGUCUUUACAUCCUUCUCUGUCUGACUAGAGUUGGAUAUAUCCAGGUAUCACACGAAGGGACACCAUAGGAAGCUUGGCUCGCCAAAGAAUGAUACCACAGAGGAUCUUACUGAUAACACUAGGACUGCAGAGAGAGGUUGUGAGAGUCAGGUACAGGUGCAGUCAAAGGCCAUAGAGACAACUCCCUCCAGACUCAACCCCAGUCUCUCAGACCUCUCUAGGCUCGGCACCACCAACCUGGGCAGCGACCAGCACCCCGCCAGUAGGCCCUCUGACCAACACCUCCACCAAGACACCAUGGUCCACAGCUACUCCCUCAACCUGGACACUCAAACCCUGGCAGGGUCCAACAGUUUGACCGGCGCCGACCCUCACCCCCAGCCGCCGCAGACCAUGUACUACCACCACCGCUCCGACUCCCAGAGGUCACUGUGCGGCGAGGUGGAUCCUCUCUUUAUACAUACAGUUACGGCUGCAGAAUUAGUCUGCGGGGAGAGUAAGUACAGGUGCUCAGGCUGCCUGAGGUACUACGACCACCUGGGGACCCUGCUGGGUCAUAUCGACCAGGGCUGGAGCGAGGGCUUCAGCUGUAGGGUGUUCUACAGGAAGCUGAAGAAAAUGCAGGACCGCAGCCCCAUGGUCAUGAUGAGUUGCCAGAGCAAGGAGGCCCAGGCCCUGGAUAUCGACCCUAAGCACUCUAGCUCCUCCAUCAUUUGCCUCGGGUCGGCCUCGCURGCCCUGGCCCACCAUCCGACCGAUGUUGACGGGAGGAAGGGUCCUGGGACAAGGGACAAGAAGGCAGACAUGAUCCACAUGUGGCUGCAGAAGACAGAAGUGACAUCAUUGCUUCACUGAGGCAGUUUUUAAUGAGUUGAUUGGAGAAUGUGUGUACUGUAUUAUUGUUGCUGUGUUGUCUAGGUGUUUGAAAC